AUGGAAGACCAGGUUUUACAAAAAGGAAACAGUAAAAGAGAUGCAGUUUCGGUUCGAGAAUAUUAUUGUUAUAAACUUCAAAUGAGAAAUGAUGACAAAGAUGAAAUUUUGCAUAUAGGAAGAUUAUUACAACAAUAUGUUGUUGAUGCAUACAUAACACUAGAAACACCGAUAUUGGACUUUGUUUCAUUUAAUCAAGAUUUGUUCAGAAUGAGUAUACUACAAGGACUUUUUGAUGUUUUAAGACUUGGUGAACGAGAUGCUUCUAGUGUUGGAAAACAAACAUUUCAACCAAAUUCCUUUACAGGUGGACCUAGAGAUAUGCGCCAACGUUAUAUGGAUGCUAUCGCAUUAGUUCAAAAUUUUGGAAAGCCUGAUCUAUUUAUAACUAUGACAUGUAAUCCAUCUUGGCCAAAAUUAAAAGAACAUCUAUCGUCAAGUGAUGAGGUACAAAAUAGGCCUGAUCUGAUUAGCCGAAUAUUCAGAGCUAAAGUAGAAGAAUUGAAAACGGAUAUACUCGAGCGAAAUAUCUUUGGAAAGGUUGUUGCUUAUAUGUACACUAUCGAGUUUCAGAAACGGGGUUUACCCCAUGCUCAUUUCCUUAUUAUAUUGAGUAAUGAGCACAAACUAUUAACAGCAGAGGCAUAUGAUGAUAUAAUUAGAGCAGAAUUACCAGAUGAAAAUACAGAAUCAGAUUUACGCAGGCUUGUCAUUAAGCAUAUGAUGCUUGGUCCUUGUGGAGAAAUUGUGAAAGUGAGACAGCAAUACUUAGAUAACUCUUGGGUGGUUCCAUACAAUCCGUAUUUACUUGGAAAAUUCAACUGCCAUAUAAAUGUUGAAGUUUGCUCCGACAUCAAAGUUGUGAAGUAUCUCUACAAAUACAUUUGUAAUGGCCAUGACAAAAUUGCUUUUUCUGUACAAAAUAAUGAUGCACCCAUAGAGAUAGAUGAGGUAAAGGAAUAUCGAUCGGCUAGGUGGAUUUCUCCUCCAGAGGAUGUAUGGUGUCUCUUUGGUUUUGCUAUAAAUGAAAUGUCUCCCAGCAUUUAUCGCCUUCAGUUACACCUUCAAGGCCAACAAUUUGUUUCUUUUAAGAGCAAUACAGAUAUAAAUUCAAUUCUGAACAAUCCAACGAUGAGAAAAACAAUGUUAACUGAAUUUUUCUAUAUGAACAGAACUGACAAAUAUGAUAUUGAACUCAACUUACUGUACAAACAGUUCCCUGAGUAUUUUGUGUGGUUAUCCAGUGGCAAAUUUUGGGCAAGUAGGAAAAAACAUUGUGUUGUUGGACGAAUUAUGACAUGCCACCCUACAGAGGGAAAACAAUAUUAUCUUCGAUUACUUUUAAUGCAUGUUCGAGCGCCAACAUCAUACGAGGAUCUUCUAACAGUGGAUGGAGAGCGUUGUACUACUUUUAGAGAAUCUGUGGAGAAAAGAGGAUUAUUACUUUGUGAUAACAGCUUCGUAGACUGUAUGUCUGAAGCUGCCAGUUAUCAGAUGCCCAUAGUUUAA